UGGGCUUAUUUAAGUCGGGGAGAAGAGCUCUUCUAAUCUCGUAGAAAGAAUUCUGUAUAGAUUGAAAGGAAAGGCUUUCUGAGCUCGAAAGAAGUUCUUUUAGUUUUGUUUUUCCUUUAAUUAGAAAAGAGGAAGAAGUAAGGAGGGUAUGUAAGAUGUCGGCAUAUCCAUGCGCUGCUUGUAAGAUCAAUCGAAAAAGAUGCGGAGACAAAUGUGUGCUCGCUCCAUAUUUUCCAUCACACAAUCCUCACCGCUUUUUAACCGUACGCAGUGUGUUCGGAGCAGGGAACCUAUGCAGAAUAAUUCAGAAUGUUCCGGACGAGAAGAGAGAAGAUGCUGUGAACAGCAUUGUAUAUGAAGCAGGUGCAAGAGUAAGUGAUCCAGUGUAUGGGUGUGCAGGGAGAGUGUUUGAACUCCAGAAGAAAUUGGUAGACCUUGAAUCGGAACUGGCUAUGGCGCAGGAAGAGCUUCGAAAUGUACGGGCUAAUCUUGUUUCUGUCGUGGGUAAACCUCCCUUUUUGUUCGAAACGCAAAACAUAGUGACACAACGAAAUGAUGAAAACUGUGAGGAAUUGAUACUGUCAGAAGACGUGGACGAUCCAUUUGGUUUAUGGGAGCCACUCUGAUAUCAUCAUGUAUUACAUGGUACUAAUUGUGAAAUAAAAUGGCCAUCUGUUCAUAUAAGGCUUAUAUUGUUGUACACA